AUGGUCUCCUUCCUCAGCGCCGCCAUUAUCGCGAUACUCGCCAUCGCCCCCUCGACUGCCAAUGCAGCUUCAACAGCCACCAGCGGCAGCUACACCAUUUGUCAAUUCUAUUCGAGCAUCCCAGGGGCUUCCUCGGUUGAUUUCACGUCAAUGACGCUGCCCCUCUGCCCCUCUAGCCUGCUGACCUUCUCGUACACAAUUCCUCCGACGACCACCGCGGCGCAGACAACGGUUCCUACCUUUACGCCUUCCAUCAGCUCAUUAACUCUGUGCCAGUUUUACUCGAGCAUAUCUGGACUCCCUUCGCUAACAGAGCCUGUCUCGAGCAUGACGUUGCCUUCCUGCCCCUCGAGCCUACAGGAUAUUACAUACUCUUACCAGGCUCCCUUGGCGACCGGCGACGUCCCUGCGACUACAACAUCGACAACACCUCCCUCCAGUGCACAGGCUACCACGGCUGCCGUGUCUAGCUUUACGGGCGCAGCUGCUCCAAGACCAGGUUUAGAUAGAAUGCUCCUAGGUGGCGCAGGUGGUAUCCUAGCGGCAGCUGUUGGAAUGAUGUUAUGA